AUGUCACGCUCUCGCCUGCCACCGACCCCUGCCAUGUCGGGGGAGUUCAUAGUCAAGGACAAUGCAUCGGUGGAUGUCUCCGACUCGUUCACAUUACCUCCAGCGGCCAUCAGUCCGUCUAGGAUGGAAAGCGCUAGCAGGAGAUCAUCCGCUUGCUUCCCAGCAUCUCCAACAUCCCCCGGCCUCGCAGUAAGCAUCAUGGCGAAUCCUCCCCGUCAGGCCGGCAUCAAGAGACCCCUCGAGGACUUUAAUCUCCCACCACCCCCCACACGCACUCGCAAAAUCAUUCAGAUGAAACCCAAGACUCAACCCCCACCUAAGCCGACCGCAACAGCCAACAAAGCCUCCGCAAAGGAUACCAGCAAGACCUCAUCUAACAGUGCCACAUCUACCAAUUCCAAGAAGAAACAGCCCAGCGCAACGAGUGCAGCUAGCCGAAAAAUUGCAAGGAAGACUGCUCACAGCUUGAUCGAACGGCGGCGGAGGUCAAAGAUGAAUGAGGAAUUCGCUACCCUAAAAGACAUGAUUCCGGCUUGCAAAGGACAAGACAUGCACAAACUCGCGAUCUUACAGGCAAGCAUUGACUAUGUCAACUAUCUAGAACAGUGUAUUCUCGAUCUCAAAACCGCCGGCAGUCGACACACACAGGCCUCUCCACCAAUGCCCCCCGCUCCUCCUUCGCCAACAUCUCCUGAAGCUCUGGCAGAAGAAUCGGGUCUUUCAUCCUCGCCAUCCGUGUCCCCACAACUACCUCCAACCGACGCCACUACCGAUGCAGUUUCACCUCUUUUCUCGCCUCGAAGUCGUGGUCCUACAGGGACAGUGACUGACUUUGCAUCAUCAUUCACGCCGAGCCCUGCACUAGGUCCCACCCACCCACCUCAAGGUACAACGCGCUCUGGGCAUAGUUCAUGGGCUAUGUCUUCCUCCAGCACCUCCCCAGUGGUCCAACCCCGGUACUCCAUCGCAUCUUCAGCCGAUGUUGACCAUGAAGCAUCCGCUGCCCUGCUUAUGCUGAAUCGAGACUGCUGGGGAUCCGUAGGCUCGGUUCAUGACGUGCCCGCCAAUUCCCUUCCCCGGUCGCGGGAGCUUGGAACCCCCCACAUCCAGGACCCACAAAGGAAGAUCGGGAUGAGUGUUAAGGAUCUGCUUAUCUCUUAG